AGAGUAUAAGAAGUAUUGCAGCAGAUGUACGAAAUAUUAGGAAUGACCUUGAGAAUGAUACUUCCGGUUUAGAUAACUUAAUGGUGAUUACAGAUGAGAUCAACAAAAAAUGUGAGGAUGGACUUUCAGACCUGUCUAAAAAUUUGGAAAGACAGACGAAUGAUUUGAGAUCUUCUUCCACGGAAAGCAUGAGAAACAUGUCAGAAGUUGUGGCAAAUAUUAAGAAAGACGUUGAGAACAGCUUUUCCGGUUUAGAUGACUUAAAAGCAGUUAUAGAUGAGGUCAAAACCACUUGCAAGGAUGGUCUUUCAGACCUGUCCAAAAGACUUACGGUUUUGCAAAAGCAAGUGAAUGAGUUGGAUCAGGCAACGGAGAAAAAAACACAGACGGUAGCAUUUAAUGUAAUGGAUGCAGUAAACUACACGGGCAGUCAAACCAUGAAAUUCUCAAAUAUUAUACUGAAUGAAGGCAACGCCUACAAUAUAGAGACAGGGAUUUUCACGGCACCACUUGACGGGAUAUAUCAGUUUUAUGCGCACAUUUGCUGCAAUAGAAAAACGUCUGAAAUAGAGUACUUCAUUAAAGUCGGCACGAGUUCGAUUGUUACCGGAGAAUUCAUGCUGCCAAGCAGAGUUAAUAAUGAUUCAGAUGCAAAAUGUACGUCUUUUAGUGCAGUAGCCAUGGUUCGGAAAGAUGAAACUGUUAGAGUUGGAGGAAUGUCUUUCACUUCCUUAGGCCGAGCAACAGGAAGUUCAAACGCUGAUUUUUCUUCUUUUUCUGGUGUACUGAUCAAAUCUAUUUAA